AUGAUGGACACAAUAACCAAUACAACGGAAUACAUGGAAUUCUUGCUCAUGGGAUACCCAGAUGAACUGCAGACAUUGUGUGCCACACUUUUCUUCUUGAUUUACCUGGGAGCACUAGUGGGAAACUUCCUCAUUAUCACCAUUACUACUAUAGACCAGCAUCUCCAGUCCCCUAUGUAUUUCUUUCUGAAGAAUUUGUCCCUGAUUGAUAUCUGUUAUAUUUCUGUCACUGUUCCCAAAUCCAUCAUGAACUCUGUGACUAACACCCAUUCCAUCUCCUUCCUGGGAUGUGUUUUACAAGUUUUCUGUGUAAUAUUUUUGGCAGGCACUGAAUUUGCCCUGCUUUUGGUGAUGUCUUAUGACCGCUAUGCUGCCAUUUGCCUUCCUCUACACUAUGAGGCCAUAAUGAAUAAAGACGCCUGUGUUCAGAUGGUGGCAGUAGCAUGGCUCAGUGGAUGUAUCUAUGGGUCUGUUCAUGCCACAGGAACAUUCUCUGUCCAUUUCUGUGGUCCAAAUGUAGUGUAUCAAUUCUUCUGUGAUAUCCCAUCACUUCUUAGACUUGCUUGUUUUGGAGACCAAAUUCUAGAAUAUGUGUUUAUUAUUACUAGCUGUUGUUUCACCUUCUUGUGUUUUAUAUUGAUGAUUAUUUCCUAUGUUCACAUUUUCACUAUAAUCCUAAGAAUGCCUUCUAUACAAGGAAGGUUUAAAAUUUUCUCUACCUGUAUACCCCAUCUUACCGUGGUGACAUUAUUUCUCUCUUCUGCAUUUGUUGCAUAUUUAGGCUCAGCAGUAAAAUCCCCAUCAUCACUGAACCUCUUUAUGUCAGUGUUUUACUCUCUGUUACCUCCCAGCCUGAAUCCUGUGAUUUAUAGCUUUAGAAAUUCAGAUGUAAAAGUGGCCCUACAUAACAUUUUUGGGUGA